AUGGGAAAAUUUAAGCCCGUAACUGCAGCUGAAGCAAUUCGUACUAGUAGUAAUAAUAGAGAUAGAGAUAGUACUUUUAAGGAAGCUAAACUUAUUGCUACUGAUAAUAUGUUGAAUCAAGAAGGAUUAAGAGAUCAAAAAAUUCAAGAUAUUAUUCCAAUGAGUUUGGUAAUUGGUUGGGUGUCAGAAAUUCCCGUGGUAUGA